AUGUCAAAAGUAUCAAUUGCAGUUAUCGGACUCCACGGCUUCAUCGGCAAGCACGUUGUCGCCGCUAUCGAAUCAGGCAAAUUCGACACCAAGAUCCAGUUCCCCAUCAAAGCCGUCACGCGUAAACUGGACGUGCAAUCAACCGACAAGAUCCAAUACAUCACCGCGCCGGAAAUCUCCACCAAGGACGCAAACCUAGUCUCGUCGCUCAAGGGAACCGACGUCUUGAUCGAGCUCGUGAGCCCCACCCCGGAGCUCCUCUCCAACAUCGAGUCGCUAGUCGAAUUGAUCAAGCCGAAAUUGUUCAUCCCCUCCCAGUUCGGAACCGAUAUCCCGCAAGUCGACUCCUACGCUCCCGGUUUCCUCGCUUUAAAAACGCAGCACUCUGAAAAUGUGCGCAAGUUGGGCGGCAUUAAAGUCGUUGACAUUAUAACUGGAUUAUUCGCGGUGCCAGGCGCGUUCUUGUACGAGUGGGUCGGCGCAUUUGGCGUCACUGACGCGGGCAUCAACUUGAUCGGCGACGCCCAUCAGAAAUUCCACAUUUCGAAAUUGGACGACUUGGGCAACGUCAUCUUGGCCGUGGCUACCUUCCAUCCCAUCUCCGAAUUACCCGACACCGUGCGUGUCGCGAGCGAAGCCAUUACGGUGCAAGAUGUCAUUGACAAAUACUCUGCUGCUAAAGGGUUAGAUUUGAAGGUGAUUAGUGAAAAGAGCGCCGAGGAAGGUAAGAAGGAGUUGGUGGACAAGUUGAAUGCUGGGUUCGAUCCUAAGGAUUUCUUGUUUUAUUUGCAAGCUAUCGUGGCUCAAGGCUUGGACAAGGGAUUAUACUUCAGUGAAUUGCACAAUGAGUUGAUCAACCCAAACGAAUCAGUCUGGAAAUGGGGCAAGUUCUAA